AUGUCUCGCUUUUUCCGCGGUGGUAACGACAGCUCUUCGGAGAGCAGCUCCGACGAGGAGGACCUCUACGAGUCCGAGGAGGAGGAACAGGAGGAGCAGAAGGACGAGUCUGAAGAGGAGGACGAGGACGAGGAGGAAGAAGCAUCCGACGCCGAGUCCAGCGACAGCGAUGCAGGCAAAGCCAAAGGUGCUUCUCGUUUCUUGGAGGGGUGGUCCGAAAGCGAAGAGAGCGACACGGAGCAGACGACGAAGGUCAAGUCCGCCAAGGACAAGCGACACGACGAGCUCGAAGCCACCAUCACCGCCAUCACAAACGCACAAAAGAUCAACGACUGGAACAUCAUCUCCAAUGAGUUCGACAAGCUCAACCGCCAGGCUGAGAAGCUUAAGGUGGCCGGCAAGGCCCCUAAGCCUUAUGUGAAAUGUAUCGCCGAGCUCGAGGACUACAUGAAUGAGUCCAUCGCCAAGCAGAAGGUCACUCCCAAGAAGAUGAGCAAGCAGAACGCCCAAGGUCUCAACGCUGUCAAGCAAAAGAUCAAGAAGACAAACAAGGAGUACCAGAGCCAGAUCGAGGAGUACAAGGAGGACAAGGAUGGAUACUUGUGGGAGUCGGAGGAGGAGGAGCCGGUGCCCAAGUCCAAGAAGGUCCGACUUGCUGACGCCUUCACCGCAUCUACUGACGACGUCGACGACGAGGGUUUCGCGACGGUUGGGAAAGGAGGCAAGACUCUUCUGUUCACACCUGAGAGCAUCCUGAAGCACCUGCGCACGAUUAUGGAGUCUCGUGGCAAGAAGAACACCGACAAGCAGGAGCAGAUCAAGAUUAUGGAGAAGCUCAACGAGAUUGCCAACACGCCCUACCAACGAAUCCGCGUCCUUCUCACACUCAUCUCCACCCGUUUCGAUCUGGGCUCUGGCGCAACUACGUCCAUGCCGCUGGACCAUUGGAAGGCGGCUGAGAAGGAGAUCGGCCAGCUGCUGACAACCCUGAACGAGAACCGCGACUACGUCGUGAUUGAAAACGCAGAGGAAUGGGAGGAUGAUGAGAAGCCUCCAACCCUGGAGAAGGACCAGAAGUAUAUCAAGGUUCCCGGCAGCAUCGUGUCCUACAUUGAGCGCCUGGACGACGAGAUGACAAGGUCUCUGCAGAACAUCGACCCUCACACGUCGGAGUACAUCGACCGCCUCACGGAUGCGGCUGCUCUGUACAACCUCAUCUUCCGAGCCCUUCUGUACUACGAACUGCUGCAAAAGGACGAGGCUCUGGCGAUCGAGCAGGAUAACAUCAACCGAAUCGUGAGCCGUCGUCUCGAGCAUGUCUACUUCAAGCCCGCACAGGUCGUCAAGACCCUGGAGGAGAACUCAUGGAAGUCCGUUGCUGCGGACGUCGAUUCAGCAAUCACACCACGAGCCAAGACCGUCGAGGCUUUGGAUCUCGUCAACAUCCUCAGCACCUAUCUCUUUGCCAACAGCGAGGGCAUCCACCGAGCACGUGCUAUGCUUUGCCAGAUCUACUUCCUCGCACUCCACGAUGAUUACUACAAGGCUCGUGAUAUGAUGCUCAUGUCCCACUUGCAAGAGACAAUCAGCAGCUUCAACGUCUCGACACAGAUCUUGUUCAACCGCACGCUCGUUCAAGUGGGACUUUGCGCGUUCCGCAAGGGCCUCGUCUACGAUGCCCAAAACACGCUCCAAGAGAUCUGCGGAAGUGGACGGCAAAAGGAGCUCUUGGCUCAAGGUGUUAUGAUCCAGCGCUAUAGCCAAGUCACACCAGAGCAAGAGCGACUAGAGAGACAACGACAGCUGCCCUUCCACCUGCACAUCAACCUCGAGCUCCUCGAGUGCGUGUACCUCACCUGCAGCAUGCUUCUGGAGAUUCCACUUCUGGCUCAGAUUGGCUCUUCGCCCGAUGUCAAGAAGCGAGUGAUCAGCAAGACUUACCGCCGCAUGUUGGAGUACCAUGAGCGACAAAUCUUCACCGGCCCCCCUGAGAACACCAGGGACCACGUCAUGCAGGCUUCGAAGGCACUGGCUGCCGGCGAGUGGAAGAAGGCGACUGAGUUCAUUCACGCCAUCAAGAUCUGGGAGCUGAUGCCAGACACCGACAGCAUCAAGGAGAUGCUCGCCAAGCAGAUCCAGGAGGAGGGCCUGCGGACAUAUUUGUUCACGUACGCACCCUUCUACGACACGUUGGCUGUCGAGACUCUCAGCAGCAUGUUUGAGCUGGAUGCGACCAAGACGGCUGCUAUCGUAAGCAAGAUGAUCAGCCACGAGGAGCUUGCCGCCGCUCUCGACCAGGUCACCAAGACGGUCAUCUUCCGCAAGGGCGUGGAGCUCAGCAGGCUCCAAAGCUUGGCCCUGGCCCUGUCCGACAAGGCCAGUGCCCUUAUGGAGUCAAACGAGAGAACACUGGAGCACCGCACACAGGGCACAGCCAACGCCUUCGAGAGGACAACGCGACACGGCGGCCGCGGUGGCCGCGGUGGACGUGGUGGCGGAGGCAGGGGCCGUGGCGGAGCAAGAACAGACGGUGGCCCAAGGCAAUCGCAGGGCUUCACAGGUGGCGCCCUGGGAGUCCGUGGUUAG